AUGGAAUCUCUAAUUCCGACCAUCAACAAGCUGCAGGAUGUGUUCAACACCAUUGGCGCCGAAAGCAUUCAACUGCCGCAAAUUAUCGUCGUCGGAGCGCAGUCUUCAGGCAAGUCGUCGGUACUCGAGUCCAUCGUAGGGCGAGAUUUCCUUCCUCGCGGCUCAGGAAUUGUCACCCGUUGUCCGCUCAUUCUUCAGCUGCAGCAUGUCAAGAAGGAGGACAUGUCGAUUAGAAGCGAAGCUGAAGGCACAGUUGGUCUCGAAGAGUGGGGCAAGUUUCUCCACACCGGCGAGAAGGUCUUUUCAAACUUUGAUAAGAUUCGUGAUGAGAUCAUCGCUGAAACUGAGCGAAUUGCCGGUGCCAACAAGGGCAUUUCUCCGCAGCCCAUCAACCUAAAGAUCUUCUCAAAUCGGGUUGUUGACCUGACGCUGGUUGAUCUGCCAGGCAUCACCAAAGUGCCAGUCGGCGAACAACCUCAUGACAUUGAGGAUCAAAUUCGCUCAUUGGUUCUCAAGUUCAUCACCAAUGCCAACUCAAUCAUUCUGGCAGUGUCUCCAGCAAAUACGGAUUUCGCCAAUUCGGAAUCACUUAAAUUGGCCCGCGAAGUUGACCCCAACGGUGACCGAACACUGGCAGUGCUCACCAAACUUGAUCUGAUGGACGCUGGCACCGACGCCAAGGAUGUCCUUUCUGGCAACAUCAUUCCAGUCAAGCUCGGAAUCAUUGGUUGCGUUAAUCGCUCUCAGCAGGACAUAAUUAACAAGAAAAACAUCGAAGACACUUUGAAGGACGAAAUGAGUUUUCUUCAGCGAAAGUACCCUGCACUGGCUAAUCGAAACGGAACCAGUUAUCUGUCUAAAACUCUCAACAAGCUCUUAAUGCACCAUAUUCGAAACUGCCUUCCUGAACUUAAAACUCGAGUCAAUCUUAUGAUUUCUCAGUUUCAAUCUGUAGUUAACUCGUACGGAAUGUCUAUCGAUGACAAGGGUCAAACUCUCCUUCAAAUCAUCACCAAGUUUGCCUCUUCCUACUGCUCCACAAUUGAAGGCACCUCGAACAACAUUGAGACCACUGAACUGUGUGGGGGUGCCCGUAUUUGCUACAUUUUUCACGAAACUUUUUGCCGCACACUCGCCUCCAUUGAUCCCCUUAGCGGUCUUUCCACUGUUGACAUCCUUACGGCUAUAAGAAACGCGACUGGCACCAGGCCAGCUUUGUUUAUUCCCGAAGUAUCAUUUGAACUUCUCGUCAAGAGGCAAAUUCGCCGCCUGGAAGAGCCUAGUCUUCGAUGUGUUGAACUUGUCCACGAGGAAAUGCAACGCAUCAUUCAACACUGUGGUACUGAGGUGCAGCAGGAGAUGCUGCGUUUCCCCAAGCUGCACGAGCGCAUAAUUGAUGUUGUCACGCAGCUUCUGCGACGCCGUUUGCCACCUACCAACACCAUGGUGGAAAACUUGGUCUACGUUGAGCUAGCUUACAUCAACACCAAGCACCCUGAUUUCACCGAUGCUCAUUUGGUGGGGGAACUGUUUAAGAAAAGAGAGGACUUUGUCAUGGUUUCUAAACCCGAAAAUCAAGCCAUUCAGCAGUACACAAGUGGCAAAGUGGGUGCAGGAGGCAGCAUUGCAGGCACCAGUAGCAUUCCCCAGAAGUUCAAGUCGUACUUGCCCGGCAACAACAACGAGGAUACUGAAUCGCAAAAAUCAGUCAACAGUGAUACCAGUGAUAAUUCAAAUCUCAACUUUGCCGUCAACUCGUUGUCUUCUCCAAUGAAACCAGUCAAACUAUUGCCCGAAGUGCCUUCCAUCACCAACAAUCGCAAGUUGUCACCGAAAGAAGAGCACGAUUGCAAAGUUAUUGAGCGGUUGAUUCGAUCCUACUACAUGAUAAUUCGCAAGAAUAUUCAAGAUUCGGUCCCUAAAGCGAUUAUGCACUUUUUAGUAAACUACGUUAAGGACAACUUACAAUCAGAGCUUGUCACUCAUCUCUACAAGCACGAAGAAUUUGACCUGCUUCUCAAAGAGUCGGAGCAAAUUGCUCAACGUCGCCAAGAGGCAUCGGAAAUUCUGAAGGCGCUGCAGAAGGCCAAUAUUAUUAUUGGGGAGAUCAGGGAGACGCGCAUUUGGUAA